AUGCGUUUAGUAAUCUGUGAUACAGUGGAUUAUGUGGCAGAAUGGUCUGCAAAAUAUGUUUUAAAAAGAAUUAAUGAUUUUCAACCAAAUGAUAAUAAAUAUUUUGUUCUUGGUCUUCCAACAGGUGGUACACCUUUAGGAAUGUAUAGAAAACUUAUAGAAUAUUAUAAAGCAGGAAAAAUUUCCUUCAAGUAUGUAAAAACCUUUAAUAUGGAUGAAUAUGUUGAUUUACCCAGGGUUCAUCCAGAAUCUUAUCAUUAUUAUAUGUAUAAUAAUUUCUUUAAACAUAUAGAUAUAGAUCCACAAAAUGCACACAUUCUUGAUGGUAAUGCACCAGAUCUUGUAAAGGAAUGUGAUGAUUUUGAAAAAAAAAUUAAAGAAGCUGGUGGUAUUGAAUUGUUUAUUGGUGGUAUUGGUCCAGAUGGUCAUAUAGCCUUUAAUGAACCAGGUUCCUCUUUAGCAUCACGUACAAGAGUAAAAACAUUGGCCCAAGAUACAUUGGAAGCUAAUGCAAGAUUUUUUGGAAAUGAUAUUUCUAAAGUUCCAAAUCAAGCACUCACUGUUGGUGUUGGUACAGUAAUGGAUGCUAAAGAAGUCAUGAUUCUAAUCACAGGAUCUCAUAAAGCAUUUGCUCUUUAUAAGGCAAUAGAAGAAGGAGUCAACCACAUGUGGACUGUAUCAGCUUUUCAGCAACAUCCCCGUACAAUAAUCAUUUGUGACGAGGAUGCAACACUAGAAUUGCGUGUGAAGACAGUGAAAUAUUUUAAGAUGUGUCCACCAACAGAAUACCAAAAACGAAUCUUCAAUAGUUCUCGUACAUUCACGAAAGAGAUUUUCAUGUACGAUACUAUCAUGCCGGCUUAUAAUAAAUUAGAAUUGGAGUGUGGUUUGAGAAAGAACGAGUUGUUCGAGAUAUUGCCAAAGUUUUAUGGGUCUAGACUGUCUUUACAACCAGAUGGGGUUUUCGACGAGGACGCUGUUAUUCUAAUGGAGAAUCUGAAAAUUGCAGGCUACUAUACCGGCGAUAGGACUUCAGGUUACGACCUAGAACAUUCAGAGGCAGGAAUUAAAGCUCUGGCGAGAUUCCACGCUUUAGGAAUAGCUACGAAACAGAAAAAACCCGGUAUGUUCGAGGUGUUCAAGAUGUACGCAAAACCUUUACAAAUAGAGGGUACCACGGAUAACAUGUUCGCGCUGAUACUCCAGCAGAUUCAAGCAGAUCCAGAAAUAAGUCCUUAUUAUGACAGAUGUAAUAAAAUUUUGACUGGAUUGGACAUGCAGCAAUUAUGGUCGGAAAACCUUCGCGAACCUUGGACGAGUAUUAUUCAUUCGGAUUUCUGGGUGAACAACGUGAUGUUCCAUCAGAGCGAGGAUGGCAAAAUCGACAGUAUAAAGUUCGUCGAUUUUCAAAUGUACCUUUACGGAAGUCCUGUCCGCGAUCUGCUCUUUUUCCUCUACUCUAGCGUGCAUCAGGAUGUGACGGAGGAACAAUUAGAGGAUAUGAUGGAUCUGUAUUACGAAAUUCUGUUAGGUACGCUGAGUAAAAUGGGAUGUACGACGGAUAUGUUUAACAAGGAAGAAUUCAAAACGAAAAUGGCCGAGGAUGCUCCACGCGAAUUCAUGCAUGUAUGCUUUAUGAUAAAGUUACUCACAUUGGACACGAAGGCAAUCGACAAUUUUAACGUGGAUAAAAUGCAAGAGGCGAUAGUCGGAUAUAGCGGAAGUAAUAUAUUUAACGAACGACUACGAAGGCUGGUCCUAUGCUUCGUUGCACGUGAAUGGAUAUAGAGAAUUUAUUUGCGAGGAUAAAUCGUGACUUUCAGUACAAAGUGCCUUUUUACCUAAUCAUAUCGUGUCACUGCCUUUCGAAAAGCUCAUACCCUUUAAUUAAUAUCGCGAUAGAUGAUAUCACGCUAACAGAAAUAUCAUACUCAACGAUCGAUUUGACUCAUAUCUGUAAUCUGUACGUGAGAUCAGGCAAAUGAAUAUCGUUGGUAAAAUAAAUCGAUCACUUUAUCUCAUUUCUUGACGACCAAAUAUCAGUCCCAACGAAUUGACAAAAAUAACAAAGAAUUUCGUCGAGAUGCAGAAGAUAUAAAAGUUUAUUACAUCGACGAUGGAAG